GUUCGGUGGCUGCUGCCGCACUUUCUUCGUUUCCCUUCUGCAUGAUGUCCAAGCAGUCUACUGUUACGGAGAAGGAGGACUGCCAUCACGUCCCUGUUCUCGAUGGAAAUCGCCACCGCGUCCUUUCCGAGUCUGACUACACCGAGCACCAAUACCGGAUGCUUCUCAGGAAGAUCGAUCGAUACCUACUCCCAUUGAUGUGGGUUGCCUAUGGCGUCCAGCAGGUCGACAAAACUGGCCUAUCGACCCAGGCGGUGUUCGGUAUCCGCGAGGAUACUCACCUUGUCGGACAGCAGUUUUCUUGGCUCAGCACGAUAUUCUAUCUCUCCUACAUGGUUUGCGAAUUUCCGAGCAGCUACGUGAUGCAGCGCGUAUCAGUAGGCAAGACUCUCUCCGUUCUCAUGUUUUUUUGGGGCAUCAUAGUGCUAUCCACCGGAUUCGCCCGGAACUUUGCUACUCUGAUGACAUUGCGUUUUCUGCAAGGAGCUUUCGAAUGCACAAUUUCUCCGUCUUUUCUUCUCAUCAUCGCAACGUGGUAUAAGACGCGGGAACACACGCUCCGCGCUAUCAUCUGGGGUACAGCAAAUGCCGGUUUCGGAAUCAUCACUAACCUCUGCCUGUAUGCCAUUGGAAACCAUGCUCUCAAAAAUGGUGGCCUUGCUCCAUGGAAAGGAAUCUCCUUCUUCCUCGGGACCAUCACUAUCGUCCUCUCCAUCUUUUCCUGGUUCUUAUUGGGAACCCCGCGGGAGGUAUCUUGGGUAUCUCCAGAAGAAAGGCGAAUUGCCCAAGCUCGAGUUGUCAAUAACCGGACCGGAACCGAUGCCCAUAAACGGCGAGAGUGGAAAAGGGAUCAGAUUAUCGAGGCUUUCAUAGAUCCGUCCACUUGGUUCCUGUUCUUUAGCGUCGUGCUUACCUCGUUGCCCAAUGGUGGCGUCACAUCUUUUGGGAACCUGGUCUACAAAAGUUUCGGCUUUACUUCACUCGAAACGAUUCUCUACAACAUCCCUCGUGACGCAGCGUCCAUCAUUUGGUUCUUACUUGCCGGCUGGGCCUCUUCGCGAUAUCCAAAUAUCCGAUUCUCACUAAUGCUAUUCGCUAUCCUCCCGGGUUUUGUGGGUAUGUUAACCAUGGCACUCUUGCCGAAUGACCCUAGAUACCGCUGGAUUAGAUUUGGGAUGUACUUCAUGACCAUGUCAGUUAAUAUUAACGGCCUCCUACUCUGGAUCUUCGUGCCAUCCAACAUCGCCGGUCGGACGAAAAAAUCAAUUGUCUCCAGUAUCCUCUUCGUCGGAUACUGUGCCGGUAACGCUGCAGGAUCUCAGUUCUUCCAGGAAAAGGAUGCUCCUCGCUAUGUCCCUGCUAUUAUUGCCUGUGCGAUAUGUUUCGCUUUACAAUUCUGCUCUAUUUUAGCAUGGCGACUCUACCUCGUGUAUCAAAACCAUAUCCGGGACCGCGCUCUAAUGGCUGAAGGUCUUACUCGAGAGCAAGCCAAGGAAAUUGGAGCGAAGUUGGCUGAAGAGGAUAUGACCGACAGAAAAAAUCCUUAUUUCCGUUACACAUACUAGU